ACGCUUUCUAAUUUUUGACAAUUUCCAUCAUUUUGCUUUGCUGAAAGAGGAGUGGUUCUCCGAGAUUAGAGGCUGAUCUGAUGCCCCAUAUGGCUUGCUGACAUCCGGAAGAUGACGAAGAGACGCUAAACUGUCAGCACAAUUCAAAUGUCUUUAAAAAGAAAGGAGAGUGUGAAGGACUGACCAUGUGGUCUUGACUUUAACAUUUGAUAUUGAAGUUUACGCUUUUGGCAAUCAUGGCAUAUGCGCCUGAUUCAGUGACUAACCCGGACAAUAAGGGUGGGGGUCUGUCAAGGUCUGAACGUAGCCCAAUAUCCACAUCAUCCUCCAACACAACAGAUCCAAAUAAAACGUUGGACUUUAAUCAAGCAAUGGGAGAUUUUAAGAGUAUGUUUCCUGGAAUGGAUGAGGAGAUUAUUGAGGCUGUUCUGAGAGCGAACAAUGGUGCUGUUGAUGCCACGAUUGAUCAGUUGUUGAGCAUGAGCAUGGGUGAUGAAGAGAUGGGAUUGGCAUUGGGUCUCGGAGGGCAAACACACAAACUGCUCCAAGAUAGUAAGCAUGGAUCAAUAAAGAGAAGUGGCAGCAUUGAUGAUGAUGACCUCCCACCAUCUUAUGAACAAGCCACAAAAGGCAUGGAGGAGAACUCGCCAAAACCUGCCCUCCCCGCCAGAAAGAAAAAUGUAAUGUCUGAUCUGUUGCUCCUGAGCCCAACUGACACCUCACCACGACACACUGGACUCAAUAAUAAUGAUUUUGAAGUGUUCAUGCCAUCGCUGAGCCCACCAACGACUCGUGCCCCUCCACCACCAAUCCCACCACCAGCACCUGCUCAGAGUAGUAGGAAAAUGGAUCAGGUUGAUCUGCUGUCGUCUGAUCUUGCGACCUUCAACUUUUCUUUGGCUUCUUCUCAUAACAAUAACAUGAAUGAAGAAACAAUACCAAAGAGGCCAGCGACUCCACCACUACCUCCUCAUCCUCCAAAAAGUGCAUCUCAUAAACAAUCUCGAAGUACCAAAUCUCACUCUGCUGGAAAGUCGAUGCCAUCCAACAGACGACCUUACAGAAAAUGGAAUCCACCACUCCUGGGAACUCUGCCCGAUGACUUUCUACGCUUGGAACCAGUGCCAAAAAUGUCUAGUAAGAGUAGCAUGUCAAGUUUUUUGCACGAAGACAGCUCCAUGGAACACGCCACUCAUCACCCUGUGAUGUUGAGUAGACGAUCAAGCACACCUGUCACAUCAACCAUUGCCCAGCGUACAAGUCCGAACCAGAACUUGAACAGGCCGAAGCGAACACAGUCCUUUGCAUCUUCACGGGCGACGCCUUGCGAUUUAAGUCGCAAUCGGCCAGAACGUUCCAGUGGAAGUUUUAUAUUGAAUCAGGCCCGAGCUGAGCUUAGUCAAACAGUGCUGCGUCAGAAGAUGGCGGUGAAUGAGCAAAGGCGCUCGAGUCUUGCUGCGGAAUUUGACCCUGAACUUGCUCAACAGUUAGAAGACGAGAAGUUGGCCUUAGCUCUGCAGAAUGAAGAGUUUCUCGAGAUAUUACAACAAAAUGAAGACUUCAUGAAGACACUUGAAAGAGAUCGAAUGAAUGCCACUGCCUUUGAGCCAAUGGUGACUAGUGAUUCUGAUGAAGAUCACCAUGAGGGGUACGGGGAGGACAAGACCCAGGAUCCGGUUCAUGCCUUUCCCUUCACUAAGACGGUGGAAAAUGAGAAUGAUCAGAAUGCAGAAUUCAAGAAACAGUUGAGCCAGAUGGGAAAUUCGUCGAGGAAGAAGUACCAGGCGUUAGCGAGAAAAUUCUUCUCAAGAAAACGUAAAACAAAGAGCCCAAAGCAAGUAUUAAAGGAGUCGUCUGCUCCAUCAACCUUGAACCUUCUUGAGGAUAACGAUGAUGACAACUUUGAAGAGGAACUUGAGGCAGCGGUCAGCCUUGAUCGACCGACCUUUGAACCACUGCCUGGCUCACAUCUUGGCAGUGUACCCAGCUACAAGACAGUUCAACGGCCACCGUACCACCCCGACACUGUCAUAACUCACCACACAGAUGACAUGGUAUGACAUGAAAGCAAGUCUUAGUGGAACAUCUCACAAUAUCAGAGGAUUGAUAAUUUAUGUAUUUGUGGAUAUGGGGGCCUACUGUUAACUAUAAUCCUCCCGCUAAGAUCAUCAUUAGUGUGGUCAGAGGUUCUAAUAAUCAAGUUUGUGUAUUUUGUAUUGUACAAAUAUUAAUAAUAUAUACAUACACAUAUUUACUUCAAGGCUGCAGAUAAUUUGCAGUCAUUGUUGUAUCUAUAGCCUGCUUUUAAUGCCAGUGUGUUGAUAUGGAAAAAGUGGCCUAUUUCAGUUCUAAUUCCAAUUCAAAGAAGUGGUUACUCCCGAUAUAAUUGCUUCUUGCAAUUUAUUUACUCACGAUCUUGGCUUAUUGACUCUGUCUGUGGUGUUGUAUAGUAAGCUUCAGAGGUUUUUUCUGCCUAAUAACAUAACACCAUGUGACAUGUUCAGUUCAGAUAUUUGAACAUACAUUUGCCUUACAUACUAUGUAUACAUAAUAUACAGCUUCUGAAGGAACGACCUCUUGCCUCUCUCUUAACCAUGCUUAUCAUUUACUCAAGAGCUAUUCUUUACUGCUUUGUCUACUUACAUGUAGGUAUUAUUCCACAAAAUAAUUGUCUUAUUGAGACAGUACGGGUUAGUCACUUUCAUAUUGCAAUACUUAUUUUGAAUGGACAUUCAAAUAACAGAAGAAUCUUAUGCUAUAUCAUGCCAACUCCUUUAUUCAUGGGUAGGUUUUAUUCCUAAGAAGAAACUUGUUUGUUAUGGUAUGGCCAGAGUGUGUACCAUUUUUUUAAUUUUCUAAAACUCUGCAAACUGAGAAUCAACGAAGAAGUAAGUUGUUUUUAACUGAUAAUGCCUUGAAGAAUAAUCUUGCUGUUCUUUACUGAAGCAUUCUUAUUGCUAUAUCAUCGUUCACUAUCAAUGCAUAUUCAUAAUUAAAGGUAAAUUUGACCCCUAGCUCUUGCCUAUAGUCCUCGUUUAAGAAUAAGAAUUGUUCUGCAGUCAGAUAUGUUGUGUUGUGUAAUAUCUUGUAUACAUGUAGAUGUUCUAAUAUAUUUUCUUACGUCCAGUCCAAGAUAGCUGACACUAGGUUGCUGUCUAUUUAGAUAUCAUUUCAAAUCGUGUUCAUACAAUCAUGCUCAUAUAUCUGAUCAUAUAAAGUUACUGAUCAAAUUGUUUUUGUGUAACCUUUGGUAAUCUAUGUACUGGGCUGCCUACAUGCUCUAAUACAGGAUUUGUCAUUUUUGUUAAAGGCCCAACCACAGUGCCAUAAAUCACAUUUUCUGGACCAUUAAAUUCUGGCUUGGGACAAAUCAGGAAUUGCGUGACAUCACAAUCAACAUGAUGACAUAUCUGAUGUCAUUCGGAGGCGUCCGUGACAUUACACAUCACUUCGGCUGGGAAUAUGUGGUCCUGAAAACAUCUUUUCAAUGCUUCGUCACUGUGUGGUGUGGUUCGGACUUGAAAUUACGAAAAUGACAAGUCUCAUAUUUCAACAUAGUACAAGGUUUUUGCUCCGACAAGUUUAUCUUGGGAAUAUGAAUUGAACCUGUUCAGAUGUCAUGUAGGCAGUUCGCUAUCAGAAGAUUUAUGGGGUGACGUUAUGUAGGCAACUUGGUCACUGUGUUGUGUUCAGACGCUGUACAUGAAGGUCUGAACUGUAUCUAAUCUACAUGUAUGUUGCACCGAUGUACAUGGUUGAGCACUGCAACUGUAAAAUAACUACAUGUAUCAUGACUAAAAUUUGUUUUAUUCAAUUGUUUUUUUUGUAGAUAAUUCACUGUAUAUGGUGCUACAAACUCUUGAAAUGGCGAAGACUUAUCAGGGCAGAGUUUGGAAAAUAGCUUCUUUGUGAUUGCAUGGGGCUUGACUUGCUUCUCCUAAAUCAAGGACUUGGGAAUCUUUUUGAAAAAUUCAUAUAAUGUUCCCCCUCCCCGUAUUCUUGACAGUGUUGCCAGCAGAAAGUUCUGGUCAAGUGAAAGCUCAUCCCAACUUGUACAAAAUGGACGAAGGAGCACUUUUCCAAACCUGUACCUACCUGUUGUUAGUUGAGGAUAUGAUAAGCUUCAGUUUAUUGAGAAUGUAAUGCUGCCAUCUCCAACAAUGAGUCUCCGUUUCAAUUGCUCAACUGCUUUCCCUUAAAAGGCUGGUUCCUGAUUCCCAGUGGCCUACUUGUAAACAAUUGACAAGGAUGCAACAGGCUUUUUUGGAAAAGUGUAAAUCGAGCACUUGCAAUACUGACAUUACUGUUAUCAGGUAUUGUACAUUUUGAUGUGUUAGUCAUAAAUCGAAUCUAGUUUUUCUGGCAAUUUCAGAAAUUCAAGAAUGUUGGAGAUGGUAGUGGUGUAUAUGAUAGUUCAGAUUGCUGUACAGAUAUUAGUCUUAAUUUUCAUCAUGUAGAAAAUGAAAUCUUUGAGAAAAGAAGGAGAUAGGUAUCCCCAUGUUAUUGAUAAUAUACAAAUUGUUCAUAACAGUUGCACAGCUAAUGCAAUUUUUUGUGGGAAUUAUUUCCUUGCUGCUUUUUGCUGGCUAUCAUUGUUAUGCCUUUUCUGUGAAAAUACUGAUGCUGUUCUUGACAAAGCCUGUUGCUUGCAGGGCAGAUUGAAAAUAUUAUAUGGUACCAAAUAUAGUGUCCCAAUAGGAAAGAAAUAAGUUUUCAGGAAUAGCAUGUAGAAUUAGAACAGGUGGCAAUUUCAAGGCUCGCAGGAAAUUUUUAGUCCUGAUGCUAUAGAAGAUGUAAUUAUUUAUUCAAAUCAUGUUCACAAAAUAUUUUAAAAUACAAUCAUUUCAAAAUGAAAUUAUGUUACUACAUAUACUUUGUGUGAAUGUUUUCCCCGAGGUCAACUCAACUAUGUAUAAGUACAAAGCAUAAUAAUUUGGUAUGUUCACAUAUUAAUAAUUAGAUGCCAGUAUUAUCAUUAUGACUGUUUAAUUUGUUUGUAGUAUGAAGGUAAGUGGUAUAUUAUCAUUAUUAAACUCUGCCUAAUAAGAUACCCAUAAUUGGUGGACAUCAAUGUUUUGUAAAGUGAACCCAGCUACGUUUGAAAUCCUUUCGAAAAUGUUCUAAAACUCACGUGCAUGAUAAACUGCUUGUUGUGCUCUGUUUUUUCGAACCAAGUGUUGAUAUAAUCAAGUAAUUUCUGUAUUAUCAUUAACAUACAAUCAUGUACAUGUACAUUGUAAGUUGGCAAUAUAUUUGCCUGUCAUGUGUAUUCGCACGAACAUUUCCAUUAUGAUAUGCUUGUCAGUCAUGUGCAUUUGCAUACCAACAGGGCCGGGAUGCCCUCCCUUUGCAGAUAUCUUCAAUGGCAAAGAAGGGAGUCUUAGUCAUAAUUCUCAGUUAUCUGAAUAAGACCAGUCUGCCCACGGUGAUACCUUGCACCACAACCAGGCCAUGUUUACAGGAACUGUUGCCAUUGAAUGUGUUCCCCUGCUCAUCACCACUUCCUCAAAACAUGGACAUGUCAAAGCCACGUCUCAGUCCUUGAGUUGGAAAAUUGUGAAGUCAGAAAUAACCACAAUAAUCAGUAAAGUGAAAUGUCCUCAAUGGCCUAAUGAAUAAUGUGAAUACUUGUAUCUCUGCAUGUUUGUUUUGCACUAUUAAACGCGAUCUAGCCACACAGCAAUAAUCACUUAAUGUUUCAAGGCUGGUCAGGUUGUGAAGUACUUGAGGUACAUGUAUCUUACCUGAGGUGGUCGGCUCAUCUCAGGCCUGUUGCAGUUUAGAGGGAGUGUUGAUUAGCCAGGUUGAAUAUGUAUCAUGAUUAUCACUACAGUUGUAGUGUGGUCCAUUGGAUUGUUACUUUUCGUUAGAUCUGCUGCCAUAAUGUAUACACAAGGAGACGCACAUUCACAGUUGCUUUCUCUAAUGAGAUUCUAUUAAGUGGUGUUUAGGUUGUCCAGGAACACCCAACUGCUGUAUUGAAUUCCUAAUCCAUAGACACACUUUAAUUGCCUGUUAAGUAAAGAGCAUUGAGAUUAGUCAAUUUUUGUGCGACCCAGGACCUUUCAAAAUCCAACAGAAGCUGAUAGGUAUGUGUAGAGUCUGAGGUUGUUUUAGGAUGUCAUUCAUAAAGUGGGGUUCAUGUAGUGAAUGAAAUGCCACUCACUUUAUCCGUGAGACAAAACUUCGGAUACAUUUGUGGAAAUUAAUUGGGUGGAAAUACACCUACCGGUAAGUAUGAUGACUUUUCAAUUUAACUAUGAUAACUUUUGACUCCUUCCUGUUUACAAACUAAAUGAAUGGCUGCCGAAAUGACUUCUAUAUGCUGUUAAAACAAUAUGUAGCCUGCCAAGAAAUUUCGUCCUUUAGUUUGCUACAAAAGACAUAUGCUCUCAUUUCGCCUCUAAAUUGCCCCUACCUGGGACAGGAAAGUGUCUUGCUGAAGAGAUACACAUAGGUGUUUAGUUCAACAGUUUUGGCAGAAUAUUCUGAGGGGCGUACUCUACCACUUUAAGAAGGCAAAACUGUUCGAACUUACCCUCUUAAUAAACUUUUAGAGCUUAUAAAGAUGAAUGGAUUCUGUGGUUUUAAAGAGGUGAAGGAAGAGUAUGGUAUGUCCUUCAAUCAAUUAUUUGGUUUCUGGAAGUCACAGCUGUUUUAUCAUUUCUCACUUUCCUGCUUAAAUGCUGGUCCAGUUUAUAUGGACACUUGCAGGUCAUGUUGUGGGAGGUUGGCUCACUAGGUGGUAGAAUAUUUUGUGCCAAAAUCCCUUCUUGAACAAUAAAUAUAUUUAA